UUGCCAUUCUCUUCUUCCAGCUCCUUCAUUCUUCUAUCCCCUCUCCUUCUUCUCAUUUCUCUUCCUCCUCUUCACAUUGUCCUUCUACCUUCCCUCCCCUCCAUCCUCCCCAAUUUCCUCCCUUUCACUACUCCCUUUUCCUUCCUUUUCUUAAUUUACUCUCCUCUUCUCAACAUUUUGCCAUUCUCUCUCGCCUCAGCUCCUUCUCAAAUCUAUCCCCCUCCUCCCCUUCUUCUCACCCCUCUCUUUCCUCCUCUUCAUUGUCAGCUUACCUUCCUCCCCGUCCCAUCCUGUUCUGAAUUUUCUCCCCCUUUCACUCCCUUUCCCUCCUUUCCAAUAAUUUCUCUCCUCUUCUCCAACAUUUUGCCCAUUCUCUCUCGCCUCCAGCUCCUUCAUAAAUCCUAUCUCCCCCUCUCCCUUCUUCUCACCCCUCUCUUUCCUCCCUCUUCACAUUGUCAGCUUACCUUCCUCCCCCUCCUUCACCAAAUCCUAUCUCCCCCUCCCCUUCUUGUCACCUUCUCCUCCUCCUCUUCCAAUUUUCCCCCUUGCCUCCCUUUCCCUCCCUUUCCCUCUCCUCUUUCAACAUUUGCCAUUCCCUUCCGCCACUGUCUCCCCCUUUCCCUUCCUUCACCCUCUCCUCCUCUUCACAUUUCUCUUCCUCCCCCUCCCAUCAUUUCCCCCAUUUCUCUCUUCCUCCCUUUCAUGUUACUCUGCUCUUCUCCAACAUUUUCCAUUCUCCCUCCUCCCUUAAAAUUCUCCCCCCCUCCUCCCUUUCCUCCCCUCUUCACCUCUUCAUUUCAGCUUACCUUCCUCCCCGUCCCCUGUUCUAAUUUUCUCCCCUUUCACUACUCCCUUUCCCCCUCUUUCAAUAAUUUACUCUCCUCUUCUCCAUUUUGCCCAUUCUCUCUCUCUCAGCUCCUUCUUAAAAUCUAUCUCCCCUCCUCCUUCUUCUCACCCUCUUUUCUCUUCACAUUUUCAGCUUACCUUCCUCCCCGUCCCAUCCUGUUCCAUUUCCUCCCCUUUCCAACUCCCUUUCCCCCUCCUUUCAAUGUUACUCUCCCUCUUCUCCAACAUUUUGCCAUUCUCUCUCGCCUCAGCUCCUUCAUAAAAUCCUAUCUCCCCUCCUCCCUUCUUCUCCCCUCUCUCCUCCCUCUUCACAUUGUCAGCUUACCUUCCCCCCCGUCCCAUCCUGUUCACAAUUUUCUCCCCUUUCCAACUCCAUUUCCCCCCUUUUCAAUAAUUUACUCUCCUCUUCUCAACAUUUUGCCAUUCUCUCUCGCCUCAGCAAAUCCCCCUCCUCCCCUUCUUUCACCCCUCUCUUUCCUCCUCUUCACAAAUCCUCCCCGUCAAUUUCCUGUUUUCACUACUCCCUUUCCUCCCCUUCCCUCCCUUUCCCAACUCCUUCUCUCCUGGCUCCUUCUCCUAUCUUCUCCCUUCUUCUCCAACUUCCUUUCCUCUUCGUCCCAUUUUCCUAUCUUCACCUUCUUUCCUCCCCUCCCUCUUCCUCCUCUUCUCCAAUUUCUCCCCCCUCUUUCAUCCUCUUCCCACAUUUUCAAUUUUCUCCCCCCUUUCUGUUCCUCCCCCCUUUGCCUCAAUACUCCUUCCAUAAAUCCUAUCUCCCCUGCCUCCCCUUCUUCUCACCCCCUCUUUCCUCCCUCUUCAUUGUCAACUUACCUUCCUCCCCGUCCCAUCCUGUUCUGUUCCUCCCCCCUUUCUCCCCUUUCCUUCCUCUUCCUUCCUCUUCUCCCCAUUUUCAUUCUCUCUCCCUCCCAGCUCCUUCAUAAUCCCUCUCCCCCCUCUCCCCUUCUUCUCACCCCUCUCCUCUCUUCUCAUUGCAACACCUUCCUCCCCGUCCCAUCCUGUUCUGUUUCUCCCCCUUUCCCCCCCCUCCUCCCUUCUUCUCACCCCUGUAAAAUCUUCUCCUCCCUUCUUCUCACCUCCUCUUUUGUCAGCUUACUUCCUCCCCCGUCCCAUCCUCUCCUUCACCAUCUAUCUCCCCUCCUCCCUUCUUCUCACCCCUCUUUCCUCCCUCUUCAUUUUCAGCUUACCUUCCUCCCCAUCCCAUCCUGUUCAAUUUUCUCCCCCUUUCUGGCUCCCUUUCCCUCCUUUCCAAUUACUCUCUCUUCUCCAACAUUUUGCCAUUCUCUCUCUCGCCUCCGCUCCUUCAUAAAUCCUAUCUCCCCUCCCUCCCUUCUUCUCACCCCUCUCUUUCCUCCUCUUCAUUUUCAGCUUACCUUCCUCCCCCAAUCCUGUUCACAAUUUCCUCCCCCUUUCACUUCUCCCUUUCCCCUCCCUUUCAAUAAUUUACUCCUCUUCUCAACAUUUUGCCAUUCUCUCUCCUCAGCUCCUUCACUUGUCCCUCUCCCCCUCCUCCCUUCUCCCCUCUUUCCUCCUCUUCACAUUUUCAGCUUACCUUCUCCCCGUCCCAUCCUCUUACCUUCCUCCCCGUCCCAUCCUGUUCAUUUUCUCCCCUUUCUUUCUCCCUUUCCCCUCCUUUCAAUAAUUUCCUCUCCUCUUCUCAACAUUUUGCCAUUUCUCUCUCUCCUUCAUAAAAUCCCCUGUCUCCCCCCCUCCCCCUUCUUCUCACCCCUCUUUCCUCCCUCUUCACAUUGUCAGCUUACCUUCUCCCCCAUCCCAUCCUGUUCUGUAUUUCCUCCCCCUUUUCUCCCUUUCCCUCCUUUCAGCAAUUUACUCUCCUCUUCUCCAACAUUUUGCCAUUCUCUCUCUCCUCAGCUCCUUCAUAAAAUCCUAUCUCCCCCUCCUCCCCUUCUUCUCACCCCUCUCUUUCCUCCUCUUCACAUUGUCAGCUUACCUUCCUCCCCGUCCCAUCCUGUUCUGUUUUUCUCCCCUUUCUUUCUCCUUCCUCCUUUCAAUAAUUUUACUCCUCUUCUCCAACAUUUUGCCAUUCUCUCUCCUCAGCUCCUUCAUAAAAUCCUAUCUCCCCUGCUCCCCUUCUUCUCACCCCUCUUUUCCUCCCUCUUCACAUUGUCCAGCUUACCUUCCUCCCCGUCAUCCUGUUCACAAUUUUCUCCCCCUUUCCUUCUCCUUUCCCUCCUUUCAAUAUUUUCUCUCCUCUUCUCCUUUGCCAUUCUCUCUCCUCAGCUCCUUUUAAAAUCUAUCUCCCCUUCUCCCUUCUUCUCACCCCUCUCUUUCCUCCCUCUUCACAUUUGUCAAACACCUUCCUCCCCGUCCCAUCUCCUGUUCAAUUUUCUCCCCCUUUCCCUUUCUCCUUUCCCCCUCCUUUCAAUAAUUUACUCUCCUCUUCUCCAACAUUUUGCCCUUCUCUCUCUCCUCAACCCUUCAUUAAUCCCUAUCUCCCCCUCCUCCCCUUCUUCUCCACCCCUCUCUUUCCUCCCUCUUCCCAUUGUCAGCUUACCUUCCUCCCCCGUCCCAUCUGUUCUGUUUCUCCCCUUUCUACUCCUUUCCCUCCUUUCAAUAAUUUACUCUCUCUUCUCCAACAUUUUGCCAUUCUCUCUCGCCUCGCUCCUUCUUAAAAUCCCUAUCCCCCCCUCCCCUUCUUCUCACCCCUCUUUUCCUCCUCUUCACAUUCUCCCUUUCCCUCCUUUCAAUGUUUUACUCUCCUCUUCUCCAUUUGCCAUUCUCUCUCCUCAGAUCCUUCAUAAUCCUAUCUCCCCCUCCUCCCCUUCUUCUCCCCUCUCUUUCCUCCCUCUUCACAUUGUCAGCUUACCUUCCUCCCCAUCCCAUCCUCUCCUUCCUUCAAAAUCCUACUCCCCUCCUCCCCUUCUUCUCACCCCUCUUUCCUCCUCUUCACAUUGUCCAGCUUACCUUCCUCCCCGUCCAAUCCUGUUUCAAUUUCCUCCCCCUUUGCAACUCCCUUUCCCCUCCCUUUCAAUAAUUUACUCUCCUCUUCUCCAACAUUUUGCCAUUCUCUCUCUCCUCCUCCUUCUUAAAUCCUAUCUCCCCCUCCUCCCCUUCUUCCUUUUCUCUCCUCCUCUUCACAUUGUCCAGCCCUUCCUCCCCGUCCCAUCCCCUGUUCUCUCCUUCAUAAAAUCCUAUCUCCCCCCCUCCUCCCCUUCUCACCCCUCUCUUCCUCCUCAUUGUACUCCCCUUUCUAGCUCCCUUUCUCCUCCUUUCAAUAAUUUACUCUCCUCUUCUCCCCUUCUUUCACCCAUUCUUCUCUCUUCACAUUGUCAGCUUACCUUCCUAAAUCCUAUCUCCCAAUUCCUCCCCUUCUUCUCACCCCUCUUUUUUCCCCCCUCCCUUUUCACAUUCUUACCUUCCUCCCCUCCUUUCAAUAAUUUCCUCUCCUCUUCUCUUUCAUGUUGUUUUGCCAUUCUCUCUCUCCUCAGCUCCUUUCAUAAAUCCUAUCUCCCCCUCCUCCCCUUCUUCUCACCCCUCUUUCCUCCUCUUCACAUUGUCAGCUUACCUUCCUCCCCGUCCUAUCCUCUUACCUUCCUCCCCGUCCCAUCCUGUUCAAAUUUCUCCCCUUUCACAACUCCCUUUUCCCCUCCUUUCAAUAAUUUUACUCUCCUCUUCUCCAACAUUUUGCCAUUCUUCUCUCCGCCUCAGCUCCUUCAUAAAAUCCCUAUCUCCCCUCCUCCCCUUCUUCUCACCCUCUCUUUCCUUCCUCUUCCUCAUUUGUCAUCCUGUUCACAAUUUUCCUCCCCUUUCCCAUCCUCCUUUCACAAUUUUCUUUCUCCCCCAUUUUCGCCUCAGCUCCUUCAUAAAAUCCCCCCCCUCCUCCCCUUUUCCCCUUUUCCCCUCCUUUCCAAUAUGCAAUUUUCCUCCCCUUUUCCCUUUCCCUCCUUUUCUCUCCUCUUUCUCCAACAUUUUGCCAUUCUCUCUCUCCUCAGCUCCUUCAUAAAAUCCUAUCUCCCCCUCCUCCCCUUCUUCUCACCCCUCUCUUUCCUCCUCUUCACAUUGUCAGCUUACCUUCCUCCCCGUCCAAUCCUGUUCACAAUUUUCUCCCCCUUUCACUACUCCCUUUCCCCUCCUUUCAAUAAUUUACUCUCCUCUUCUCCAACUUCACCAAAAUUUUGCCAUUCUCUCUCUCCUCUCUUUCCUCCCUUCAUAAAAUCCUAUCUCCCCCUUCUCCCCUUCUUCUCACCCCUCUCUUUCCUCCCUCUUCACAUUUCAGCUUACCUUCCUCCCCGUCCCAUCCUCUUCAUUCUUACCUUCCUCCCCGUCCCAUCCUGUUCACAAUUUCUCCCCUUUCACUACUCCCUUUCCCCUCCUUUCAAUAAUUUACUCUCCUCUUCUCCAAUAUUUUGCCAUUCUCUCUCGCCUCAGCUCCUUCAUAAAUCCUAUCUCCCCUCCUCCCCCUUCUUCUCACCCCUCUCUUUCCUCCUCUUCACAUUGUCAGCUUACCUUCCUCCCUGUCCCAUCCUGUUCAAAUUUUCUCCCCCUUUCACUACUCCCUUUCCCCUCCUUUUCAAUAAUUUACUCUCCUCUUCUCCAACAUUUUGCCAUUCUCUCUCGCCUCAGCUCCUUCAUAAAAAUCCUAUCUCCCCUCCUCCCUUCUUCUCACCCCUCUCUCCUCCUCCUCUUCACAUUCUCCUUCAUAAAAUCCUAUCUCCCCUCCUCCCCUUCUUCUCACCCUCUCUUUCCUCCUCUUCAUUGUCAGCUUACCUUCCUCCCCGUCCCAUCCUGUUUCACAAUUUUCUCCCCCUUUCCCCAACUCCCUUUCCCUCCUUUCCAAUAAUUUACUCUCCUCUUCUCCAACAUUUGCUGUUUCUCUCUCCUCAGCUCCUUCCCGCCAUCCUAUCUCCCCUGUCCCCUUCUUCUCACCCCUCUUUUCCUCCUCUUCACAUUGUCAGCUUACCUUCCUCCCAUCCAUCCUGUUCACAAUUUUCUCCCCCUUUCUUUACUCCCUUUCCCUCCCUUUCAAUAAUUUCUCUCCUCUUCUCCAACAUUUUGCCAUUCUCUCUCUCCUCAGCUCCUUCACAAAAUCCUAUCUCCCCUCCUCCCCUUCUUCUCACCCCUCUCUUUCCUCUCUUCACUUUGUCCCUUUUACCUUCCUCCCCAUCCCAUCCUCUCCUUCACUUAAAAUCUAUCUCCCCCCUCCUCCCCUUCUUCUCACCCCUCUCUUUCCUCCUCUUUCCCAUUUGUCCUUACCUUCCCUCCCCCGUCCCAUCCUGUUCACAAUUUUCUCCCCCCUUUCUGCUCCCUUUCCCUCCUUUCAAUAAUUUUACUCUCCUCUUCUCCAACAUUUUGCCAUUCUCUCUCGCCUCAGCUCCUUCUUCAAUCCCUAUCUCCCCUCCCUCCCCUUCUUCUCACCCCUCUCUUUCCUCCUCUUCACAUUGUCAGCUUACCUUCCUCCCCCGUCCAAUCCUCUCCUUCAUAAAUCCUAUCUCCCCCUCCUCCCUUCUUCUCACCCUCUCUUUCCUCCUCUUCACAUUGUCAGCUUACCUUCCUCCCCCGUCCCAUCCUGUUCACGUUUUCUCCCCUUUCCCAACUCCCUUUCCCCUCCUUUCAAUAAUUUACUCUCCUCUUCUCCAACAUUUUGCCAUUCUCUCUCUCCUCAGCUCCUUCAUAAAAUCCUAUCUCCCCCUCCUCCCCUUCUUCUCACCCCUCUCUUUCCUCCUCUUCACAUUGUCAGCUUACCUUCCUCCCCGUCCCAUCCUGUUCACAAUUUUCUCCCCCUUUCACAACUCCCUUUCCCCUCCUUUCAAUAAUUUACUCUCCUCUUCUCCAACAUUUUGCCAUUCUCUCUCGCCUCAGCUCCUUCCAAAUCCUAUCUCCCCCUCUCCCCUUCUUCUCACCCCCUCUCUUUCUCCCCUUCACAUUGUCAGCUUACCUUCCUCCCCAUCAAUCUGUUCCACAAUUUCCUCCCCCUUUCCUCUCCCUUCCCCUCAACUUUCAAUAAUUUACUCUCCUCUUCUCCCAACAUUUUGCAUUCUCUCUCUCCUCAGCUCCUUCACAAAUCCUAUCUCCCCUCCUCCUUCUUCUCACCCUCUCUUUCCUCCUCUUCACAUUGUCCAACACCUUCCUCCCCGUCAUCCUGUUCACAAUUUCUCCCCCUUUCACAACUCCUUUCCCCUCCUUUCAAUAAUUUACUCUCCUCUUCUCCAACAUUUUGCCAUUCUCUCUCCUCCAACUCCUUCCUUAAAAUCCUAUCUCCCCCUGCUCCCUUCUUCCUCUCACCCUCUCCUCCCUCUUCACAUUGUCAGCUUACCUUCCUCCCCGUCCCAUCCUCCCUUCUUCUACCCCUCUCUUUCCAAUUCACUCCCCCUUUCACUACAAUUUCCCUUUCCCUCCUUUUUUUCAAUAAUUUACUCUCCUCUUCUCCAACAUUUUGCCAUUCUCCUCUCUCCUCCAGCUCCUUCCAUAAAAUCCUAUCUCCCCCCUCCCCUUCUUCUCCACCCCUCUCUUUCCUCCUCUUCAUUGUCAACUUACCUUCCUCCCAUCCAAUCCUGUUCACAAUUUCCUCCCCUUUCACAACUCCCUUUCCCCCUUUUCAAUAAUUUACUCUCCUCUUCUCCAACAUUUUGCCAUUCUCUCUCUCCUCAGCUCCUUCAUAAAAAUCCUAUCUCCCCUGCUCCCUUCUUCUCACCCUCCUCUUUCCCUCCUCUUCCAUUGUCAACCCCACCUUCCUCCCCCUCCUUCUUAAAAUCCCUACUCUCCCCUCCUCCUUCUUCUUCACCUCUUUUCCCUCCUCUUCCAUUUGUCACUUACCUUCUCCCCGUCAAUCCUGUUCUAAUUUCCUCCCCUUUCCUCCUCCCCUUUCCCCCCCCUUUCAAUAAUUUACUCUCCUCUUCUCCAGCUUGUUUUUGCCCAUUCUCUCUCUCCUCAGAUCCUUCAUCUCUCUCCUCCUCCUUGCCCCUGCCCUCUCUUCCUCCUCACAUUGUCCAGCUUACCUUCCUCCCCGUCCCAUCCUCUCCUUUCGCCGUCCCUACUCUCCCCUCCCCUCCUUCUCACCUCUCUUUCCCUCCUCCUCUUACAUUUGUCAGCUUACCUUCCUCCCCGUCCCAUCCUGUUCAAUUUUCUCCCCCCUUUCCCAACUCCCUUUUCCUCCUUUCAAUAAUUUACUCUCCUCUUCUCCCAACAUUUUUGCCAUUCUCUCUCUCCAGCUCCUUCAUAAAAUCCUGUCUCCUCCUUCUUCUCUCACCCCUCUCUUUCCUCCUCUUCACAUUGUCAGCUUACCUUCUCCCCGUCCAAUCCUGUUCUUUCCUUUUCCCUUUCUCCUUUCCCCUCCUUUCAAUAAUUUACUCUCCUCUUCUCCAACAUUUGCCAUUUCUCUCUCCUCAAUCCCUUCCCAUAAAUCCUGUCUCCCUCCCUCCUUCUUCUCACCUCUCUUCAUCCUCUUCACAUUUUGUCAAGCUUCUUUAUCCCCGUCCUGUCCUCUCCUUCAUAAAAUCCUAUCUCCCCCCUCCCUCCUUCUUCUUCUCACCCCUCUUUCCUCCUCUUCACAUUUGUCAAACACCUUCCUCCCCCUCCUUCAUAAAAUCCUGUCUCCCCUCCCCUUCUUCUCACCCCUCUUUCCACCCUCUUCACAUUGUCAGCUUCCUCCCCUCCCCGUCCAUUGUUCAGCUUCUCCCCCUUCCCCUUUCCCCCCUUUCCAAUCUCUCCCUCUUCUCCAACAUUUUUCUCCCCUUUCUUAAAUCCUAUCCUCCCCCUCCCCUUCUUCUCAAUAAUUCCUCCUCUUCACACUCUUUGCACCCAUUCUUUCUCGCCUUCAACAAAAUCCUAUCUCCCCCUCCUCCCCUUCUUCUCCCCUCUCUUUCCUCCUCUUCACAUUGUCAGCUUACCCUCCCCAUCCAAUCCUGUCUGGUUUUCCCCCCCUUUUCCUACUCCUUUUCCCCUCCUUUCAUUUCUCUCUCUUCUCCAACAUUUUGCCCAUUUCUCUCUCGCCUCAGCUCCUUCAUAAAAUCCUAUCUCCCCCUCCUCCCCUUCUUCUCACCCCUCCACCCUCCUCUUCCAUUUGUCAAGCUUACCUUCCUCCCCGUCCAAUCCUCUCCUUCAUUAAAAUAUCUCCCCUCCUCCCUUCUUCUCCUUUUCCUCUUCCUCCUCUUCAUUGUCGCUUACCUUCCUCCCCGUCCCAUCCUCUCCUUCAUAAAAUCCUAUCCCCCCCUCCUCCCCUUCUUCUCCCCUCUCUUUCCUCCUCUUCAUUGUCAAAGCUUACCCUUCUCCCCGUCCAAUCCUGUUCCACAAUUCCUCCCCUUCACUACUCCCUUUUCCCCUCCUUUCGUAAUUUACUCUCCUCUUCUUCCAACUUGUUUGCAUUCUUUCUCGCCUCCAAGCUCCUUCAUAAAUCCUAUCUCCCCUCUCCUCAUCUUCUCACCCCUCUCUUUCCUCCCUCUUCACAUUUGUAGCUUUUCCUCCCCAUCCAAUCCUAUUUCCACAAUUUCUCCCCCUUUUCUUUCUCCCUUUCCCCUCCUUUCAAUAAUUUACUCUCACUCUUCUCAGACAUUUGCCAUUUCUCUCUCUCCUCCAAGCUCCUUCUUAAAAUCUCUCCCCCUCCUCCCUUCUUCUCACCCCCUCUCUUUCCUCCCCUCUUCACAUUGUCAUUUCUUACCUUCCCCUCCCCAUCCCCCAUCCUGUUCAAUUUUUCUCCCCCCUUUCACUCCUUUCCCUCCUCCCAAUAAUUACUCUCCUCUUCUCAACAUUUUGCCAUUCUCUCUCGCCUCAGCUCCUUCAUAA